UUGGUGACAGUUGAAGUCGAAGAAAAGCAAAAACAAAAAAGAAAAAGAAAAAGAAAAAAAGACGGCUAGAAACGCGGCAUGGCGUCGUCGAAGGUUGUCUCGACGAAUCCGGAUCUGCCACGAAACUCUUCUUCGUCGUCGUCUUCUUCAUCAACUUCUCCUAUAUCUCCCCUUUCUUCUCUUCUCUCCGAUCUGCACCCAAUGGACGACAUUCUCAAGUCCAUCAGCCCCAAGUCGGUCGACGACGUCUGGAAUGACAUCGUUACCGGCGCCACCGUCCACGACGCCGUCUCUGCCACCACUACCGACAAUGCCGACGCCGCCAUGACCCUCGAGGAUUUCCUCACCAAGGCCAUAAGAGAGGAAGACGUCAGAGGGGCUCCUCCUCCUCCUCCUCCUCCUCCUCCUUCUUCCUUUCUCCCCUUCCCUGCCGAUGGCUCUUCCUCCUCCGUUGAGCCUUUCGCCAAUGGCGUUAGUGCCGCGCCGUCGAAUUCGGUUCAGAAAGGGAAGAGAAGAGCCGUGGAGGAACCGGUUGACAAGGCAACGCUUCAGAAGCAGAGGAGGAUGAUCAAGAAUAGAGAGUCUGCUGCUAGGUCCAGGGAACGCAAGCAGGCUUACACAUCUGAGCUUGAGUAUCUGGUUCACCAGCUAGAGCAAGAGAAUGUGCAGUUAUUAAAUGAAGAGGCUGAGAUGAGAAGGCAGAGGAAAAAGCAGCUUUUCGAGUGCAUCAUUCCAAUUGAGGUGAUGCCUAAACCGAAGAAAAAACUUCGAAGAGUAAAUUCAGCACAAUCAUUGUGAUCUGUUUGUCAUCACUAAUGGACAGACUAGGCUUUGUGGCCUGGUGUAGAUAUAAGGAGGGAAAGGUUUGAGAGAUUGCAUGCCAUUGCAGGUUCUCGGAGUUACAUUGUUGUAUAGAGAAAAUAGGUGCAGCCAAAUAAUUCCAAGUAAUUUGAUUCAGCCUGAAAGUAUUCUAUUGAUCCACUGCUUGUGGAAGAUCCAUAAGAAGAUCCAUGGUUCUGGGUGUGUUUUGCCCGGAUUUGGCCUUGUAGGAAAAGUUGAAAUAAUAAUUUGUGUUAACUUAUGCAAUUUGAAUGCCAUGCUUGAUUUGGUAGGGGGUGAGGUACAGGUGAGAGGAAUGGAUGAAAAAUGAUCGCUAGAUUCGACAUAAUCUGUUUUUAGAUUAAAAGAUCACCUAUAUGUCACAUGAUUCAUUGUGACAAAUUACUUUUAUAAGUAACAUGACUUGUGAUUUAAUUUUAUCA